GUGAAGAGACAUUUUACAUGGCCGUCUGGUAAAAUAUUCUCCAAUAUUGUUAUGAUAGCGUAAUUACGUUAAGAACAGUUUGUUUCUACGAAGUGUUUAACCUUGGUCUCCAAAAAAUUCAAUUGAAUUGAAUUGAAAGAUGGUCUUCUUCAGCAGCUGCCGAGUAUCUUCACCGAAAUUGUGUGGGAGUGUUAUAUUUGUUGCAAAGAAACAACAGCAAUGUGUCAUCACCAUUGCAAACCGCUGUAUAACCAGCAAAGCUAUGAGAGAAGGAUUGCCUCCUGUUAACAAACCUCCCCCAUUUCCAUAUAAGGAGAAACGAUAUAACUUUUUUCGUGCUUUGUUUGAUCCUACCACUAGCCGAUUAGAUGAAAAUUCCAAACUGAUUGUUGUUGAAGGUCCACCUUCAGCUGGGAAAGGUGUUCUGGCAAAAGAAUUGGCUGAUGAUUUGGGCAUGGCCUAUUUUCCAUCACCCACAGUAGCUGAAACCUACAUUAAUGAUUAUGGAUAUGAUUUACGACAAUUGGACGACCAAUUACCAGAGUCUUGUAAAAGCUAUGAUGAGAAUGAUUUUCUCAAGGAUCCACUGCGACUAAAUGGCUCCAAAGCUGCUCGUUUCCAGUUGACGAAGUUCGGCCUUCGUUACAAACGCUAUUUGGAAGCCCUUGCCCAUAUUUUGAAUACAGGGCAAGGAGUUGUCAUGGAUCGUUCUCCGUACAGUGAUUUGGUUUACAUCACUGCUAUGGCUGAAGUAGGCAUCGUCAGCAAAAAUGUGUACAACUAUUAUCAUAGUGUCAGAAACAAUGCACUAUUCGCCCUUUGGCGCCCUCAUUUGGUCAUCUAUCUAGACGUACCUGUUACCGAAACUAAACGCAAAAUUGAGGCGAGGAAUAGACCGUACGAAAAGGAUUCAAAAAUGGCCACUCCGGAAUACCUCCAGAGCUUGGUCGAUUCCUACAAAAAAGACUUCUUGAAGGAUAUAAGCACACAUGCCGAAGUUUUAGUUUACGAUUGGACGAAGCCAGCAGAUACGGAAAUCGUUGUUGAGGACAUUGAACGUGUAAAUUUCGACCAGUAUGGUAUAUAUGAUGCAAAGAUGAAGGACUGGAGGUGCUACGAUAAGUGGGACUGGAACAAUAAUCGUCAAGUUUUUACCCACUCUCAGAACUAUCUUCUCGCUCACCUGAACGUACCACCAGUUAACUGUCCUGAGGUUGCCAUUACUGGCACAGAUAACAAAAUCCGCGACGUUGUCAUGGAAGAGGCACCGGGCAACAAAUACGCCAAGGGAUUCAACGCCGAAAUGGGAGACAAGGGGUUGUUGUUUAAAUUGUCUUAAGUUGGAAAACCAAACUUCGUGACGGUGUGUAGGAAUCACCUUGUGGAUAAAUAGUUGAAAUAUAUAAACGAUGGAGUUAAAA